AUGGAACAAACGAUCGUGCGUGUGUAUCCCAAUUUCGAUUCACAGUUUAAUCAAAUAUGUCACGUGAUUAUUGUUAAGCAACAUGCAGUUAAUUCAUUAUAUGCAGUAAUUACCGAAAUGCGACAUCCGACCAGAAUAAUCAGUGUAUGUGUUGCUUUUGAUUCCAUAAUACAUUUAAUUGAGAUGCCACCAAAGACAGUUCAAGUUAUUCUAGGUUUAAAGAUCAAUCUUUUGUUGUGCUAUAGCAAGAGCUUAGGUUUUUUUGAAUCAUGUGAAUUUAGUGUGUUUUCCAAAGUAGUAAUAUGUUAUUUAACAAUUUGUGAACAAACGUUAAUUUUAUUGUCAUAUUUUUACGAAGUUAGAACAAAACAUUUCUUUUAUCUUGUUGCUCAACUUCAGUAA